AUGUCUAAAGAAACAGAGUUCUACAACUAUAUCACCACCCUCCCAGAGACCACCCUCUCUCAGGUCAGGGGCAAACCCCAUGAAGUUUUAAAGUUAAUUGAUGAGUACCCCCAAAACUUCAUGAACAUUGGCCCACACAAGGGUACACAAAUUGUCACCAGAAUCAAAGAGAAAGCCCCUAAAACCAUGAUUGAGUUGGGUGGGUAUUUAGGGUACUCGGCAGUCUUAUUUGCCAACGAAAUUGCUGACGACCCAGACGCAAAGUACUACAGUUUCGAGCUUAACCCAGAGUUUGCCAAAAUUGCCACCUACGUUAUCGACUUGGCAGGGUUGCUGGAUAAAGUUGAGAUAAUCGUGGGCAGGGCCUCAUACACUUUGCCAGCUUUCAGACAGAGAUUGUUUUCGGAAAAUAAACACUACACUGGAUUGGACUUUAUUUUUAUUGACCAUUGGAAGGAUUUGUAUGUCCCGGACUUAAGAGUUUUAGAGUCACUCAACCUUAUUGCCCCAGGAACAUUGAUUGUUGCUGAUAAUAUUAUUACGCCCGGCGCUCCCGAGUACGUGGUCUACGUAAACUUUUCACCCGAUGAGAAAAAGCUCUACAAUGAAACCACCAAGAACCCCGAAGGAAAGGAGUUUAUUGGUAGGUGGAACAUUCUAUACGAUACAAAAACCAUUGAAGUCGCAACCGCCAACCACAAAGACGCAAUCGAGGUAACUAAAUGUGUUGAUUAUUUCUCUGGAUAA